GAAUGACAGUGGACCCCACUGUCGGAGCAUACCUUCGUGCCCUUCCAGAAGCUUCCCCGCCCGGCCACCCAACACUCUCCUACGGCUCGCCGUCGCGUGGACCACCCAUCCCCUCACUGACCGCACGGACCCGCUCAAUCCGGGCCCGUACGUCAUAGAAUCUCACGCGACUAAACGACCGUGCUCCCCAGUACGCCCGUCACUGUACCAUGCCACUCCACCGUUCCGACAUCCAAGGCUCCAAGUAUAAACCCCGCGGCUGCAAACCCUAGCCGCCCGAUGCUCUUCGUCCCGCGCCAAGUCGUACUCGCCGCCUCAUCACAGCCCCGCGCCGCCGCCUCUUCCGCCAUGGCCAAGGAGGAAUCCAAGAAGGAGAAGAAGAAGGCCAAGGCCAAGGUGGCCAAUGGAGCCGCCGCCGCCGCCGCCGCCCCGGUCCCUGGCGCGAGGGCCGCGGUGGUCGCCUCCGUCGCCGCCUUCCUCGAGUCCGCUGGGCUCUCGCGCACGCUCGUCGCCCUCCAAUCCGAGGCCGGCCUCGAGGCCGGUGCGUGGGGGUCGUCACAGGUGAACUUGGAGGAGCUGGUUGCCAGAUUCUUAGAGUCGAGCAAUUCAACUCGGGCGGCUGCCAUUCUGGGAAGCGAUGAGCAAGACAAGGAAAAUGAUGAUAUAGCAGGAGAAGUUGGCAAGGAAAAAAAGAGGAGCGGCACAGAAGCCGGUGAGCCUGAGAGCAAGGCGAUCGAGCCUUUAGCUGAGGAAAAGCCGACUGAAAAUAUGGACGGUGAGGCUAAAGAGAAGAAACAAAAGAAGAAGAAAGACAAGGGUGACCCUUCAGCUGCGAAUGCUGCUAGCGAGGGAACAACUGAAAUUGUGAAGAACGCCGACCAGAAGGACGAUGAGGCCAAGGAGAAGAAACAGAAGAAGAAGAAGGACAAGGGUGACCCCUCAGCUGCGGGCGCUGGCAGCGGCGAAACAACUGAAACAGUGAAGGAGGAUGAUCAUAAGCUUGAUGGCAAGAAGAAGAAGAAAAACAAGAAGCAGGGAAAGGAUGAUGAUGUCGAAGCUAGGCUGGAAAAGGCAGAAUUAGCAAUACUUAACAAGUUUGAGGCAGCAGAAAAGCUCAAUGGAAGAGAGGUAGAACCAAAAGGUCAGAAUGACAGUGCUGAUGACUGCAGUGGUGCUGUGGAAAGGAAAAAGAAGAAGAAAGAGAAAUCAUCUGCCGGGACUUCAGAGAAGACUGAUGCAGGAAGUGCACCUGCUGAGGCUGAUGGUGCCAAGGGAAAGAAUGGUGCUGUAGAAACAGUCAAGGAUGAUAAUGAGAAAAAGGCCAAAAAAAAGCGGAAGAAGUCUAACCCUGAAGAAACUGUUCAGGUGGAAGGUAAAGAGGCUGCAGGGAAAGAUUCAGUCCCAAAACAAGAUGAUGCGAACAAGAGUGUAAUGGAGAUUGAAGAAGGUAACCAAGGGAAGUCGUCAAAUGAAAAUGCAGUUGCUGGCAAAAAACGGAAGCUAGAAGAAGUUGAAGGAAGCAUUCCCCCUGUGACUGGGAAAGAAGAUUGCACAGCCAACGAAAGUCUAAGCAAUGGUUUUGCAGAGGAUAAAAAAGAAGAAAGCAACACAAAACCAAGCAAAAGGCAGAAACAUUCAUCUGAGCCCAAGACUGUGACCCCAUUUCAACGUAUUAAGGUGGACGACGUCAGAUUUGCAGAUGACAGGCUUCAGGAUAACUCGUAUUGGGCUAAGGGUGGCGCAGACACCGGUUACGGCGCAAAGGCACAGGAGAUCCUUGGCCAAGUCAAGGGAAGGGGGUUUAGGCACGAGAAAACCAAGAAGAAGCGUGGCACCUACAGGGGCGGGCAAAUCGACCUGCAAACCCACUCGAUCAAGUUCGAGAAUUCAGACGACGAGUGAAAUGGCCUGGUGCUGGUGGGAAGAAGCGAUGCGAUGGAUGGUGCAUGCAAUACAACACGGUACCAGCUGGAUUAAAUCAGUUGCGGUGUGCCAUUAUUUGUUAGAUUGAGCGACGUGAGAAAUCGUCGAAAUUUUGUUUGCUUGUUGGGCUCACUGAUUUGCUGAUUUUGCUACAGCUUAUGCGACGUUAACGUUGCUACUCUGCGUGUUAUGAGUUUGCCCGUGCUCUUGAUUCCUUUCGAAAUGA